AUGCAUCGUUCAAGUAGUUCAUUCUCAACCACUAAUGCAACUGCUGCUACUGCUGCACUAGUUUCCUCCUCAUCUUCAAAUCAAUUACUUGUGGAUUCAAAUAAUGAUUUUACUCCCUUCAAUAGUUCUUCAUCAAAUGCUAAUAUGAUUAAUAAUAAUACUGGAACUGCUAGUUAUCAACAGGAUGAUACUAUAUCACUUGCCGAUACUUCAAUGUCCUUUUCUUCAGAUUUGCUGAUAUCUUCCAAGCCAAGAGUCGAGGAGAGAAUCACCUCCCUCAUUCAAACUUUUAAAUUUUCAAAUUCUAGUACUUUACAUCAUCAAUUGGGUAAAUCAAUCAUUCCACACUUGUUACCACUCUUCACACAUGGAAUUUUACUUCCGUUGCAGUUAAUUGCACUAGGAUUCAUUCCAUUUGUGCAGUGGGGUCAAAUUGCACACGACAUUAAUCUCUACUUUUUCAAAACACUCAUCACGUUUGGAUUCCACUUUAUUCCUCAUGUGGCUGUGGUUGUCUUGUCGGUGAUAGUGUUUGUUAUCCACUGGUUUCUGAUACUUCACACCUAUAUUGAAUACAAGGGAUAUCUGGUUGGAUUUGUGAAAUUUAAGCGUAGGUCUAAACAAUUAAGCCGAUUCCUGGUAAUUGCCCUUUUCAUCCUUAACUUGCCAAUCACUCACUUGUUCAGUUCUUUUUGGAGUUGUGAUUAUACGGAGAAGAUAAAUUCCUCUGGAAGUGAUGGAGGUACAUUCUACUUGAGGGAUUAUUCACAAGUUGAAUGUUGGGGACCAAUGAAUGCUGUGUUUGCUGCCCUCUCUGUUAUUCACAUUUGGCCACAAGUGUUGAUUGUCUUAUUGUUCCUAUUCGGAGUUAUAGAGACAGAUUCAUUACUGUACUCAACAUCAGGGAGUGGGCAUGGUUUGCUGAAGAGGAGAGCUUCAUUCUUCUCAUCGAAAAGUCCAGUGUUCAUUUCGGUGGUCAAUUUGGUCAUGAUGCUGUUCUAUUGGUACUCUCAAAUGAUUCCAAAUUAUUCAUCAUUUCCAUACCUGUUUCCAUCAUUUUCACUCUUUCUAUUCCUUAUAUUGGCUGUUUUGAUUUUCAUUAUUGUUCCAUUCAAUGUUAGAUCUGAGAAUUCUUACAUGGCCGGCAUCAUGUUUGGAAUAGUUGGACAGAAUAUUGUGAGCUUGACAUGUUCAAUUGUAAAUAUUGACACUAACACAGUAGAUGUCCUGUCCACGAAUGGUGUAAUUUAUUGGGGAGCUGCCAUUGGUGGUUUCUUAAUAUUCUUAACAGUUGGUGUUACAAUUAUGGACAUUUAUACAAGAAGAGCCACAAAAGUAGUGAAGAAAAUAUGCUCACCUCUAUUAGAUUCUGGUAAUACAAGUGAAAUUGCUCUCACACCUGAUUUAUUAGAAGAAAUUGGUGAAGCAAACUUGGAAAUGGCCAUUCGAUUCUGUUCAUCAGAAUACAAUUCACGACAGAGAACUAUUGUUGAUGAGAACAACGAUAAUCCACCUUCGACCAAAUGUAGAAUUAUAAGUGCCAUCAUUAGAGGAUCAAUUCGUCACAAAAGUGAAUACAGCUCUGCAUCUAUUUGUUUAGCAAUUGUCAAUUAUGUCAGAUAUCAUAAAUUGGAUCAAACACAACAUCAUGCCAAGACAAAUUUGAAUAUUGCACUGUAUUUACUCAAGAGAAUGUACAUGUGCAAGCCAUCAAUAUUUGAAAAAUAUGUUGGCUCUGUGAGAAGAUCUGAAAUUGAAACUCAACUUAUGGCAAGUUUGAAUAUUUCAGCUGAUUCUGAAAAGUCAAUUUCAAAAACUUUACAACAUUUGUCAAAGAAACAAUCCAAAUUGAGAGAAUUUCACAAAAGCUUCUGGAAAGUAGUUAUUACUAAUAAUGAAAAUAGUUUGAAUGAGCUCAUCAUCAUUAAUAGAAAAAUUACCAAAUUGACCUCUCAUUGUAAAUCCAAAUUUGAAAGUUUGGUUGCUCUCCAUUCCUACAACAAAUCAGCACUUCGUCCCUAUGCCAUGUUCGUUGAAGAAUUCAUCUUUGAUAAGGAAAAGAGCAAGGAAAUACUUCAACUUGUAGCAGUGAUUGAAGAGGAAGAAAGUCAAAAACUCAAAUCAAAACAACCAACUAUAUUGGAAACUUUCUCUGAGAGAUCUUUAAAGAAGAGACGUUCUAGGGUAGUGCCAGCUAUCAUUGUAUCUGAAAGCAUGAGUCAAUUGGAGGAAGAGAAAAAGAUCAAAUUUGAUGACAUUUGUGAAUUUGAAAAUCAACAUGAUGAAGAGCAAUUCAGCAAGAAACAACAAGAUACUUAUACUAAGAGUAUUCAAAGAAGGAGUCACUUGACUACUACAAUUAUUUUUACCUCGUUCUUUCCAUGGGUGAGCUUGUUGGUUGUGAUUGGUGGAUUAAUUGCUGCUGUCAUGAUUUCAAACUCUUUUACAGGAAGUCUCAGCUCUGGAAGCAAUCCAGAACUUUCUGCUUAUCAGAAUUUAUGUGCUACCUCUCCUUAUCCUUUCUUGAUUCUAUGUGAAAUUCGUCUUUUACAAAGGCAUUACUAUUUCGAUAAGGACAAUUCGACUUUUUCCAGAACUUAUAAAAAAACUCAACAAGAAAAAUUGAAAACUUACAAGGGUUACCUCAAAUCAUUCUUGGAACAAAUGUCAGAAACUGACAAGACUGGUUAUUUGGAUUUGUGGGAAGGUCAGGAAACUGAAAUUUUCAUGCCAGUAAUCUCCACAACUUUUAAUGAAAAUUCAACAAUGAAUUAUGAAAAGAGAAAUGUAACUAUCAAGGAAAUUGUCGAAUUGAUGGAUGUUCAUGUUGACAGAGUAAAGGAUUUUACAGAAACUCAAGUGAAACAAACAUUGGACAAUCCGUCGUUUCUCUUUUUCUGGCAAAAUAGAAAGUACAAUGCCUAUGCUUUAGAAAAUGUCUGUUCUGAUGUCUUGACAGCUAAAUCCAACAAGGUGAGCAAUAUUCUGAAUUUAUUCUUGUAUGUCAUGGGUGCAUCGAUUGGAGUUUUCUUUAUACUUGGUUUGAUUACUCUAGUUGUCCUAAUUGACUAUUUCAAAAAACAACAACGUAUAGCUCACUUAUUCUUUGGAUUAGCAAAGGAAGAAUCAGGAAAGAUUUAUCACACACUUGAAAAGGCAUCCACCUCCAAAGUUUCCCAUAACAUUGACUCUGAUAGAACCUCGCUUGCUAUUGGCACUUAUUUCACUCCAACCAGAACACUCAUCUCGCUUGUGAUUAUCAUUUUCUUAACUGCUUUAUUGGCCAUCAUUUUAUACUUGGUAGAUACAAACAAUAAUCUGAAGAAUCAAGAUAUGGCUCUAAACAAAUUGUAUCAAGCUUCAAAGAUUAAGGUAAUUUUCAAUAGAAUCAUGUUCAAGUUGGGAGAAUUACUUCUCAUGAAUGAUUGGAAACCAUUGUGGGGAGGACUUUCCUGUGAAAUUGAUAGAAUUCACAAGGACAUUACGACCCAUUCGAGAGAAGUUGAAACCUAUAUGAAAUCUUACUUGUACGGGGAUAGUUCAAAAGGAUACUUUUCACUUCUGGGGGUGAGUGAUGACAUAGACAAGUUGAUAUUACCAGCUAAUUGUUCUCGAUUUCAAAAUAGUGGAAACAUUACCGACCUUUCAUCGUUUUUGGAAAAUAACACAAUUACCAAUAAUCGACAAUAUUUCGAAUGUUUGUCGGUUACUCAAUUAUUACAAUUGUUUAUUGUGUAUAUUGACUUAUAUAAUCAAUUGGCUUAUAGAAAGACAUACAUUCCUCAGGUUUUAUUACCACAGUUUCAUUCGGUUUCUUGGGAAAUGGCCGCUUCAUUCAAUUACAAAGUCAAGACUUCAUUGGAAAUUUUCAUUACAACAUUUUCCAAGCUGUCGAAUCUUUCGUUAACCAUUUCAAUUUCAGUCAUAUUCUUUGUCAUUUUUUUAAUAUGCGCUUAUAUUGGAUACUCUUCAAUUAUUAGAUAUGAACAAGAAAUUUAUCAAUUGAGACAAAUGUUUAAUCAUGUCUCUUGGGAAGUUUUGGAUAAUAAUCAGAAAGUGAGUCGAUAUAUCCUGAAUGACCAGUUGUAUUCCACUUUAAACAUGUUUAGAAGAUCCAAACAAAAGAAGUUUUUAGUUGAUUCUAGAGAAAGAGUUGACAAUUUGACUGCAAUCUUGUCAACUGCCAUUGAAGGAGUUAUUCAAUUUGAUGCACAAGGAACUGUUGAAAUGAUCAAUACUUCUGCACUGAGAAUGAUGGGUAUCAAAUCAUCGAGUGAAGUAAUCGGUACGCCUGUAACUUCUCUCUUUUCAACAAAUGAAAGGGAAAAGUUGGAAGAAAAGUUGAGCUACCUUCAACAAUCUGAAUCAUCUGGAGAAGUUGUCGAGUUGAAUGCCAAGAGAGGACAUGCCAUCUCGACAAAUACUCUCGAUGCAAGUAAAUCCUUCCCAAUAGUGAUGAGUAUUUCAGUUGCCCAAAUUGAAGUCCAGCAGAAUGAGGUAAUGAUGGAGAAGAAACAAAAGAAGAUUUUCACAGCCAUCUUUAGAGAUAUUACAUCAGAGAAGAAAUCGGUUGAGCUGUUGAAUAUUGAAAAGAAGAAAUCUGAGAAUUUAUUGUUAAAUAUCUUGCCAGUGGCUGUUGCUAAUAGAUUGAAAGCUGGAGAGACAACAAUUUCAGAAAAAUUUGAUGAUGUUACAUGUCUAUUCAGUGAUAUGGUUGGGUUCACCUCACGAUCUUCAUAUUGCUCUCCAACUGAGCUUGUUCAAAUGUUAAAUUACAUUGUAAAUGGAUUUGACGCAUUGUGUGAUAUUUACAAAUUGGAAAAAAUCAAGACCAUUGGAGAUGCAUACUUUGUUGCUGGAGGAUUAUAUUUGGACGCUAAAGAAAGUGACCACCCUGAAAGAACUCUUAAUUUUGCCAUUGACAUGUUUAAGGUAUUGAAAGAUUACAAUGAAAGUACUGGAAAUUUAUAUUCCAAUCAACUCAAUAUCCGUGUGGGUAUUCACACAGGCAGUGUUGUUGCAGGUGUUAUUGGAACCAAAAAGUUUGCUUUUGAUUUGUGGGGAGAUGCUGUAAAUACUGCUUCAAGAAUGGAAUCAACAAGUUUACCAGGAAGAAUACAAAUUUCACGUUCAACCUAUGAAAGAGUGCACGACCUCUAUGAUUACGAACCAAGAGAAGUCGAAGUGAAAGGAAAGGGUUUAAUGAUGACCUAUCUGUUAAAACAAAAAUUCAAUGAUUUUGAAAAUCGAUUACUCAUGUCUGUGGGAGCUUCUAUUGUCGGUCUCGUCCCUGAUGAUUCUUCCACUUCGUUAGACACUCUACGUAUUAAGAAACCAUCCACUGAUAACUAUUUGGAGCAACAAUAA